AAUUUAUUUCCUUUGUUCCCCUAAAUGCUGUUGUGUUGGCUCGCGGAGUCGCAGUACAAACGCUCACUCACUCUAUUGAGAGAUGAAGACUUACGCAAAGGCGCCUCGAUUCCAUGGCUUUCCCCUUUUCUGCUUCCUCCUAUUUGGCGCCAUAACUUUGGGAGAACCAAAUCGAGUGUGCAUUUCUCAAGGUGGUCGCUUCCCCCCUUUCUCAUUGGAAGGAAAACCUCCUCAAAAGGCAACAAAGGGACCAAAAGAUUUGGCUCUUUGCCGGGUGUUUAGGGCAAAAACUUGCUGUGAUAUAGUUCAAACUUAUCCUGCCUUGUUGUCUAUUAGGAGGUUGGCAUCUAGCGGGGAAGCCAACCCAGAAUGCUUACACUUAUGGGAAAUGCUUGAAUGCUCUCUAUGUGAUCCACGAGUUGGUGUGCAACGUGGGCCCCCAGUCAUAUGCAAAUCCUUUUGUGAUUCAGUGUUUCAAGCGUGCUCAAAUGCAUAUUUUGCUAUUGAUGGAAGCACCCAGGUUCUCUCACCAUGUGGUUCAAAGGACAUUGUAUGUGGUGCUGCUACUGGUUGGGCCAAAAAUGGUUCAGAGUUUUGCCAACUUGCUGGUUUCUCUGUCCACUCACUUGAGGACGGGUCUCAUGGUAUUGAAGAUUCAUAUUGUUUCGGUGAGAAAAUGGGUAUUGACUCAGUUCAGGAUUCAUGGAAGAAGGGAUAUGAAUCAACCUCAACGAGGAAAGAAGAGGAGAUGGGGUUUGUGCAAGAUUUCCAUCAAUGGAUACAGCAAAUGCCCUUUAGAGAAAGUGUGUCUUGGGCAGUAGGAGGGUUGGUCCUCACAGCUGGCCUCAUGUUCAUGAGCAAAAGGAAGAGUUACAGCUGUCGUCAGAAGCAAGCGGCUCUUUUUCGCACUGCAAGGAGACUGGAAGCAAUGGCCAACCACAACUCUCCCACUCAAGGAAGUGCAAGGAGGUUGAGGAGAUAGCUCACUCCCUAUCCGGCUCUUUUGUGAACUCCUGUUCUGUCUUUUUGUAGCUUUUUUAACUGCACUCUUUUUUUAACUUAAAAUAGGUUCUACAUAUUGUACAUGAUUCAAUUUAAUGAAUACCUCUUUCUUUUGCCA